AUGUCUUUGACCUACUCGGACAAUCUUGCUCCCCAGCCCUUGACCGAUGUCUUCACCGAUGACACAUGCAUUGACAGGCGCCAGUGCCACCGGACCGUGCCAAUGAAGGUACUGGCACUCGGCGUUGGAAGAACAGGAACAGCAUCUCUCCGCAUAGCUCUGGAGCGCCUCGGAUACCUGAAAUGCUACCAUAUGAUGUCCGCUAGUGUGGAGAACCCUCCCGACUGCUUGAUGUGGCAUGAUGCCCUCCUCGCCAAAUAUGAUGGUGUGGGUGAGUUUGGAAGGAAGGAAUGGGAUCAGUUGCUGGGAGAGUGCCAGGCUGUCUGCGACUGGCCCGCCUGUGCUUUUGCUAAAGAGCUGAUUGAAGCCUACCCUAAUGCUAAGAUCAUCCUGACUACUCGUGAUGUGGACUCGUGGCAUGCAUCCGUUAUGAAGACUGUGUUUUGGCGUGUGAGCGAUCCUGAGCACAGCUUCGUUUCGAACUUCAGCUGGGCUGCCAGCAUGUACUACCCUAUGUUGAACAAGUUCUUCGAGACCUUCUUCCGCGGGGACUUCCCCAACAAGGGCAAGCAGGUGUACGAGGAUCACGUCGCCGAAGUACGCAGCCUGGUUCCACCCGAGCGUCUGUUGGAGUACAAGAUUAGCGAUGGCUGGGGCCCUCUGUGUGAAUUCCUGGGAGAAGAAGUCCCCGACACACCAUUCCCCCGUGGAAAUGAUAUGGCCGACUUCUUCAAGCGUUGCCGUACCCGCAACAGGCACCAGAUGAUGAAUGCUGCCCUGCAAGCUGUCACGAUGGGUGGAGCUCUACUGGCGACCGGAUUGGCCGCUACUAUGGCCUUCAAGCGCUUCUGUCGGUGA